UAAGUUGUCUUCCAAGUGGAAGAGAUGAAAAACUGUCACACUUUACCAGGUAUCCACUGCAAUAAAUAUGCUAGUGUGGCUGGAACAUGAACAGGAUUGCAGCGAGGGUUGUCAUGCUGGUCUGGCAUGACGCUGGUAUCAAAAAAGCAGUUUAAUAUUCUCACGCGUAAAAAUUUUUGUGAGCAACACGGGUCCACCAGCACGAAAACAUCUGUCAUGCUUGGCCGUGCAACAUUCCAGUGCGGUAUAUCAACAUUCGCUGACAGUUAAGACAUGAUGCAUCACAACUUUCCAGACGCAGUACCGUAGUUGCAGUGGAUACCAGGAAAACUACAGGACUUGAGUACAACUUGUACUACCAGAUCAAAAACCGAUUUCACUUUACCAGGAAAAAAGAUUACAACAAAGAGAAGAAAAACAGAUGUCACUUUACCAGACACGAAUUUUCACUUUAUCAGGAACAACAACAGCACAGUGCUGCUGAAACAGACAGGGAAAUUGAAAAGUCCGCUGUUUCUGGAAGAUGUCAUGCACGAUGUUGAAGAUAAACUUACCAAUUCGAAGACAUCGCAUGUCGAAGACAUCGCUGCAAGAACAUCCAAUGUCGAAGGAAAAAUGCACCCGACUUCCGCCAAACCUUUGUAUUAUUCACGGAAAAUAAAGAGUACGAAGGAGAACGACUACCUUUUACACCUGCAUUUUUUCCUUCUCGAAGUUGCAGAAUAUUUCGUUUCUUGUACAGUGUCCACGUUGCAGUCCUUUGUAAAAGAGAUCCGGAGAACUAGCCUUUACGCCAAACUUUGUACAGAUAUCCAGCGGUGCGCAUCAACUUUUGUACAUUCCAGGUUCGUGGCCUCGAGCAGUCCCCUCCUGUUGCCGCACGGUUUGUUUUUCUUCUCCUCUCGACGACGCGGUUGCGACCCAGGAGACCCAGGUGGUGUUCCUCCUGGGUUGUUCUCGUGUCAGCGAGGGGGUCCAAACAAUGGUUGCGACGAUGGGACGAGUGGGACCUGUGACAAGAGGAAAAAUGCUACCAGUAAACCUAACCCACGUAACCUUGACAGUAAAUCAGUAUAUUGCUAGAUUAUACACAGUGUAAAGACAAGGUUUGGGGAAGUAGACAUAAACUUUUGAAUUUAUUGUUUUCAAAAAGUUGUUUUGCUUCAAUCAACGGAUAAAAAUUUCUACUUCUAUAUGAUAUUCGUGAAGAAAUAAAGCUGUAGCUUAUCAGCGACUUCUUGUUGUAUCAGCUACUACCUCAAAGGCGUGCAAAUCGAAAACAAAAUGUCAAAGAUUUCCGUCUUUCGGGUCGAGAGCUUCGUAUUUUCUAAAUUUACAGGAACUCGAACUUUACUUUACAACCUCCAAAACGACUGCUCGCCUUCUAUCUCAGAUCUUGGUGUAAAAGAAUGAAGUGGUUUUCUUCAUACAAGUGCUAAAAAGUAAUUUAUUAGCGACGUGUCAAUAAAAACAGCGAUUGCAGCAGCACGGACUACAGGGUUAAAGUUCCGUAAAAGCGAUGACACGAGGACGUAGUCGAAAGAUCUUCCGAAAUGCACUUCUUCUUUCGGCGCCAUCGUAGAAAAGCAGGAAAAAUACGGCACGAGCGAAAAACGGCGUUUACUGCUUUUACUUUACACUAAGUUCGGAUAGAAUGCGAAUGGUCGUCACGGUCUGCACUCAUAUCAAUUCUGUAAUGCAAAUUAUCACAAAUUUAGCCUUGACAAACACAAAUCAACAAAUCUAUAAAACCGACAGUGUUAAAUCAGCACAGAAGUGGUAUUCAGCAAAAAAGCAACUCGAGAAUACACUGAAUUUUAUUACAGCCACAACUCCGACGUUUUCACAACGAUGCUCUCGUUGUGUCCCACAUCGGUGAAGACGGCACUUGAGCUUACCCUUUUCGGAGCAACGAGCUUUCGCUUUUGCAUUUUUCUAUGCAGUAAGUACACUAUACCGAAUUUUCCAACUUUAUUUCGUAUUAGAAAUUCAUUCACUAAAAACGCCGCCUGCUAUAAUUCUGCCUCCUGGUGCUAAGUACAACUAGAUAGGGAAAUAUUAUCGACGGGAAAUAGCAAAUUUACAAAAUGGGAAGAUGCUAACACGUAUUUAGAAAGUCUCAGAGGAUGCCGUAGCUACAACUCGCACAGGGAUGUUCUCGCAAGCGGUGUCUUUGUCGAAACGUAUUCCUAGUGCUUGUCGAGCUCUAUCAUCGGGCCAAUGACAUUAGCUCUCUCUGCCGAUAGUUUCACUUCUAGUUCUAGGCGCCACACCGAACUUAAGUUUAACGCCUACACAAGAUUUUUCUAGGUUCCAGUUUAUUUCUACCACUGCGUGUGAGAUAAUAAACCGCUCUAUUUACCACUUCCUAAAGCCAUCACUAUUCUGAGGUAAGUACUGAUACUUCAUGGGGAGGGAACGAAACGAAGGACGGGUGACUGAUUUUAGACCGUAUCCCUAAAGAAGAUUCGACAGAAGUGCUGACGAAACAACUAUAACACUUUAGCAGCACCCUCCCUCGUGGAGGUUCGUUUGAAGCAGCUUCGAAGCACCUGUCAGCUGAGUCGCUUAUUUCGGUCUCAUCUGGGUAGCUCUUCUCUAGUACUUGAUUAUACUUAGACCUCAUCUUUGUGAAGAAUCCGGGUCUUCAGAAAUUUCGAAUACUAAUACUUGAAUUUUAAGAACGACAGAAAGAAUCACUCCCUAGCCUGCUAUCUCUUUGGUUGGCAGCAUGAGUUCGCUGGUAAAAAAUUCUACUUGUAGAACAAACUACCGGUAGAAGCUUGUGCAUGUGAAGACAAAAAGCGACAUUUACGCCAACUUCAAAAACUCUGACUCACCGCGGAUAUCGGAAUCUAGAAAUACGAAAUAUCGAUAAAAUGAACUUACUUCAAAUUUGAAAAUCUUGGUUGAGGCACCAAGAACGAAAUGAAUAUGCAAAAAUGGUUGUUGAAACAACAGUCAGGGGCACCAGCGUAGACAGAU